AUGACUGCGAUUAUGCUGCGGUUGAAUAAUGAUGAACCAAUUUCUUAUACUUAUCCCUUAUACCAUAUGAUCAUAACUCAAGUAAUGAAUGAAAUUUUUGACAAUGCAAAAACAAUUCUUAUUGUAUGGUUUGAGUCCGCUAAACCAGAAAGUUUAUUACCAUUCAAACAAACGAUACAGUUAAAAGCGAAAGAAGCGAAUAUUUCAUUCGAAAAUGCUCAUAUGCUCAAUGAGUAUUUAUGGCCGUCCAUUGAACUUUUAAAUGAUUUAUUUCGUGUAUUAAAACCGAAUGGUUAUAUAAUAACACACAUAUCACAAGAUAAACAAUCGAGCGCACUUGAUCGUUUUAAAAUGUGUGGCUUUGUUAAUUGUAGUAUACUCAAUAAUAAUGGUGCAUUCUUAAUGCAACAAAACGACAAUACUUAUGAUUGUGGCACAGCAUCAAAAAGUAUUCGUAAGGCUUGUAAAAAUUGUACAUGUGGUUUGGCACAAGAACUUGAAAAAAAUGAAUAUGAUAGCGCAGCAAAAAAUAUGAAAUCAUCAUGUGGAAGCUUAAGUUUUUCCUGUUACUUGGGUGAUGCAUUUCGUUGUGCUGGUUGUCCUUAUCGCGGAUUACCGCCAUUUAAACCUGGUGAAAGAAUUAAUAUUCCAGCAAUGUCCGAUGUUUAA